UGAUUUCUGGAGCGAGUGUCUGGUUGAGUCCCCUUUAAGGCGGGUUUGGGUGUCGGCUCAAAGAGGAACCGAAGAGUCGAACUGGAGACGAGUUGAAAGAAGACAAACAUUCGGCGGUUCGGCGGUACGAACAGGUCAGUAGGCCUGAGGCUCUGGAUGCGGUUGUCAUGGUGAAGGAUGUUUCGGAAAGUCAAGAAGCGGCACAGCAGCAGCAGCUCACAGAGCAGUGAGAUCAGCACCAAGAGCAAGUCUGUUGACUCCAGCUUGGGAGGACUGUCCAGAUCCAGCACUGUUGCCAGCCUUGAUACAGAUUCCAACAAGAGCUCAGGAAACAACACGUCUGAAACAUGCGCAGAGUUCCGGGUUAAAUACGUCGGAUCCAUUGAGAACCUGCAGUUUGAGAUGAGCAAGACCCUCCAGGAACCUCUGGACCUCAUCAGUUACAUUGAUGCUGCUCAGCAAGAUGGAAAACUGCCCUUUGUUCCUGGAGAUGAGGAGAUGGUCCUGGGAGUGUCCAAGUAUGGCGUCAAAGUGGCAUCAGUGGACCAAUGUGACGUGCUGCAUCGACACCCUCUUUACUUGAUAGUGCGCAUGCUGUGUUACGAUGACGGCCUGGGAGCGGGGAAGAACCUGCUAGCUCUGAAAACCGCCAACACAAAACAAGAGGAGUGCAGCAUCUGGGUGUACCAGUGCAGCAGCUCAGAGCAAGCUCAGUCCAUCUGCAAGGUGCUGUCAGCUUCUUUCGACUGCGCUCUGACAUCAAACAAACCCUGAAACCACGCUUUACAGGUGUUGCUUCACCUCAACAUAACCCGUUUCUACACCAAUCAGCUGCCAGCUUAAAAUUACUUACCCAGUAUACCCAGUAUAGACCUGCUUUGUAGCACCACUGAUGCUUAAGAAACAACAUCCAGGCUGGAUGGAGCAGCUGGUGCAUCUGUACUGAGAUUUAAAUAUGUUACCCAAUCUGUGGUCUGCAGUACCAUCCUUCUCCAGCAGAGGCUCCAGCGGAGCCAAGUAAGUUUUUUCCGAAUUAAAUUCAUUUUUAUUUUUCAUUUUAUGAUUUCAGAAUAAACAGCAAAAAGCAUUUAAAGACAGCGACGUGUAGCAUUUCUAAAAAGUGAUUAAUUCCCACUUCACCUAAAUUAAGAUACUAAACGGUACAAAAUGCUCCAGCCCAUCUGUACGUCUUUAUGUCAACAUAGAUUUUAAUUAAUGGGAGGCAUUAAAUUGGCACCAAGACAACAUGGUACGACAAAUUAAAAGGAUGCUCCUCUGUGAGGAAAUGAUUAUCACGUGUUACUUUAGUGAGCUCAUGACAGUAUUGGUACAAAGUCACUUUUUCACAGCUGCAUCCAUUUUGAAACCUCUUACUUUUGUACAUUUUUUAAUUAACCUUUGAUAUAAUUAUCUGGUGAAACUUUUGGUACCAAAUCCUUGUUUUUUUUUUGGUUUGUUUUGAUUCCAGUAUUAAUAUCUGCAGGUUUUCUGAGAAACUGUUUAUUUCUUGCAUUUAUUUGCAUGUAGAAGAUGUAGGCUGGACAUUGUUUACAGUUCUGGAGGACCUCUACAGGUGGACCUCCAGGUGUCUGUUCCACGUUGGUUCUGUUCAAAAUGUGAAAAUAAAAUAAACCAUUUGAAGUGGUGUUUUA